AUGAAUGGGGAUAUUGGAAAUUCUAAUAAGAAGAAGUCGCUGCAUGUCCCAGUGCUGAAAAACAACAAAUUGACCGAUUUGCGGUCAAUUAGGUUCUUCAAUUUGUAUAAUCAGCAAGCUAACGAAAUUACACUGAGCAGCCCCCAUAAGCGAUUGGGGAGGCGGCGAAGUACACUAUUGAGCAUUCCCACUAUUUCAGAUGCUUUGGAGAGCGAGUACGAUGAUACUCGUAAGCUAAUAGAGUUUGCUGAGGAGAGGAUAAUGGAUACCUUGAUCACAAUUCACAUGACAAAAUCAGACAUUCCGUUAUACGUUAGUGACAUAUCGCAUGGGGAUGCUGAUCCUCAGUUUUUGACAAACCUAGGCAAUAUACCUUCGAAUACGCACAAGUGCAUCAUCAAAUUAUGGAUAAGACGUGGCAAGCAAUGGAGCCUUUUAUGUUUCUAUAAAAUUGAUGUCAACAAGCUAGGAAGGGAGAAGAUAGCGGUAGAAGAUGACUCGUUUGACAUGUUCAAAGAAAACUCGCUUUGUCUAAAACUACGAGAUAGCUGGUAUACAUUUCCUGACAUGCUUGUUUCGACAAGACUGGUUCUUGAUCUGAAGACGUACCAAGAGACUCCUUUGAGACCCAUAAAUUCUUACAAUUUUGACCAACUCCGAUCUAUAAACAAUAUUUACAAAUCCAUCAAGGAGCUUGACGUAUCGAAAACCAGAUUGAAGCAGCAGAUCCACAAGUAUGUUGGUGAGAUUGAUUUUGAUAACGUUAACAACCUCCCUAUUCUUUUGGACCAGUUGAGGUAUAACUGCCGCACGUUGGAACUGGAUAUAAAUAAAAUAACAUCAAGUAACGAGAUUAUCAGAAGUCAAAAUUACAACGCCAAACAAAAGGUCAGCGAUGGAAUUGAGUUGUUGUCGCAUUUUGAAAAUCUACAGGAAUUGAUCAAAGACAAGUUUGAAAUAUAUGACCAUGAGAUCUCAAGUGUGAAGAAGAACAGGGAUGAAGUAAAGAGUGCGAUCAAACAACGUUUGAAGGAAGACGUGCUAGUCAUAAACGAAUUGUUUUCAAUUCGUGACAUAUCCACAACGUGUUUCUCCAUUCUUGGUUUUGAGUUUCCUCCCAGUAUAAAGACUUUGAAAGACGUUUGCUAUUAUAAUGAAACUAGCCUAAAAAACUACUACUAUGAGCCCAGUUUUGAUUCCGAAUCUCAGUGGCAUGAGUUUACAAUUUCUCAAGUCAAUGCCAGCAUAUCAUUUAUUGUUCAAUUGGUGACAACACUAUCCAAGAUAACUGAGACCCCACUUUUAUAUAAAAUGGUUCUAUUUGGUAGCCAAAGUUUCAUCAUGGAUGAUAGUAAAGUGUACCCGAUAGCAGGCAAGAAUCCAGUGAAUACUGCACCACCUUUCAAGUUUCCCUUGUAUUUCGACUCAAAGGACGUCAACAAUGAAAAAGUGCUAACAAGUCAAGGCUCCAUUAUCAUGAAUCAAGAAUUUGAGUUUGGAUUGAAGUUGUUGGGUCGAAAUAUAUCGCGGUUGGUAAACUACGUCAAGGAGAACAUAUGCGAUGAAUCAGGUUCAGGGUCCAUCCCUAGUGACUGCCAAGAUAACUUUUUAUGGAAUUUAAAGUAUUUAGAGCUCUUGAUGACCGCAUGA